GACCAUAAAUAAAUAAAUUUAAUAACCAAGGAGAAAGGAAGAAAGAAAGAAAGAAAGAAAGGGAGAGAGGGAGAGAAACAAAAACAAUGGAGCUGACGGGAAGGGCUGCCCAUCCACUUUCGCUUGGGCGGCCACCGGUCCAUUUGCAAUUCUUGGAGGAGCAAUCGCGGCCAAGCAAGCACAAAGGGAUAGGGAUAAGGAGCUUGCUUAGAUAUGGUGGAGGAAAGCGUCUUAAUAAUCGAACUAUUCUUCCUUUCUUCAAGAAUAGUGUCAUCCCAGCAACUUGUUGUGCGGCAAAGGCAACUACAUCUACAGGUGCUGCUGCUGGCGAUAUGUUGGAAGUGGAUUUGAGAGAGAUUAAGGACAAGUGCAAAAAGUGGAAUUGGAAGGGUAGAUACGUCAUCAAUUACUUUGUUUCUCACUCUUCUUCUGAUCCACACUCAUCAAAUCCAAAUCGUCCCCCUAUACUUCUCGUUCAUGGUUUCGGUGCCUCCAUUCUUCACUGGCGCAGAAAUAUUAGGACGUUGGCCCAGAUUUAUACCGUUUAUGCUAUUGACCUCAUCGGGUUUGGUGGCUCAGAGAAGCCAGUAGGCUUUUCAUAUACCAUGGAAAAAUGGGCUGAGUUAAUCUUGGAUUUUUUGGAUGAAAUUGUUCAAGAGCCGACUGUGUUGAUAGGGAACUCUGUUGGGAGCCUUGCUUGUGUCAUUGCUGCAGCCUCAGCCUCAGCCUCAGCCUCAGCCUCCGGUGCUGAGGCAGAAUCUAAUAAUAAAGCACUCGUUCGAGGGUUGGUGCUUUUAAAUUGUGCGGGUGGUAUGAACAAUAAAGCAAUUACUGAUGACUGGAGGAUCAAGCUUUUCUUACCUUUGCUUUGGUUGAUUGAUUUUCUGUUGAAGCAACGAGGAAUUGCUUCCGCCAUUUUUGAGCGUGUCAAACAGAGAGAUAAUAUAAGGAAUAUCUUAUUGUCCGUUUACGGGAAUAAGGAAUCUGUUGAUGAAGAAUUAGUAGAGAUAAUCAUGGAACCCACCUGCGACCCUGGGGCGCUUGAUGCUUUUGUUUCUAUCGUGAGUGGCCCUCCCGGACCAAGCCCGGUGCAGUUGAUGCCAACAGUAAUCUCCUCCUCCCUACCACUUCUAGUUUUAUGGGGGGAUGAAGACCCCUUCACUCCGCUUGAUGGACCUAUUGGCAAAUACUUCGCCUCCCUACCUUCUCAACUACCCUACGUCACCCUCUUUGUUUUACAAGGGGUUGGGCAUUGUCCCCACGAUGACAGGCCUGACUUAGUACACAAGAAACUUCUUCCAUGGUUGGAUCACAUUUCUACUGUAACUCACACUUAAUCACAUAAUUGACUACUUGUCGACGAUUCAAGAGAGUAGAUGCUCUCAGAACGAAUAAAUGCCAUAACAUCUUAAUAAUUUGUAAGAA